AUGGGUAGACGUACUAGAAGCACUAAUCCGGAUUCUGAGCCCGUAGUCGUCAGCAAUCUCGAUGCUGCUGUAAAACUUUUAAAUUCGGUUAUUGAUAUUCCAGAUACAAAGUUCAACAAACUUGCAUCUUCAAAUGAUUUCAUUCCUAUUCUACAUUAUUGCGCUAUUUCUGUCAAAAGAUACUGCCAAGAUCCAACUGUAGAAGUUAAUGCACUUCUUUCUUCUGCAAAAGGAUCGAAAAACAGAUUAACUGAAGAAUUUUUCAUUAUCGAAAUAUUUAUUAUCAAUAAUAUUCAAUAUAACGAUGAUCUUGCCACAAAAGUUACAGAAGUAUAUCCAAAGUUCACAGAAGAACUUAAGAUCGCAUUAGAAAAAACAGAAGAGCUCGCCUUCUUCAAAGGAGCUAAGCCAAAGCCACGUGGUGCAAGACAGGUUGAUGAUUCACUUCCUGACAAGCAAAUGCUCGCGAUUUACUCGAAAUCAACAGUCGAAUACUGGAUUUUAAUUUUAGAAUUCAACAGAUACCAAACAAUCAACUACCUCAUCCCAGAACUUGGCAAGAAUAAGGAACUCAAGUUCCCAGAUGAAUUUCUUCAAGCUCAAUUCCGUGGAUCUCAAGAAACCAUGCAAAUCUUCAAGGAGUACAUCAUUAACUUCUUCGAUGACUUCUUUUCUGAUCGCCGCUGGUUUGAAUUCAUAGAAAAAACUCCAGAGCUUAUUAACUAUAUUAUUACAGAUGUAAUGGACCAAUUGAAGCCAGAACAGAUGAAAGUUCUCAGGCCAAUUUAUGUUCCAUUCCUUACACAGUUCUUCGAGCAAAUCUACGUCGGAAAGUCAUCAAUUGAAACAUUUGUCGAUUUUGUCGUUCUUACAGGAGAUGAGAUGUUUGUAAACAUUCUUGAUACAGAUCCAGAGAUUUCCUCCAAGUUUAAGGAGUUCUUUAUUACUAAUUUCGACGCUUUAUUCACAAAUAAGAAGUGGACCAAGUUUACAGAGUCCUCUCAGCUUCUUAUCAAGUUCAUUGUAUCCCACAGAUCUCAAUCCGAUGAUAAUAAUGAGAUUUCAUUGAGAAAUAAGGAAUUAUUCUCCACAAUUCCAAUGGAAAAGAUGAAAAUCAUCAAUGAUAUCAACGAGAAAUUACUUGAUAAUCUUUUAAUCGACGAAGAAGUCUCUAAAAUCGUUGAAUUCUUCGUUCAAUUACCUCCAUCUUUCUUCCUCCUUCAAUUUGACUCAGACCAUCCAACAGCCCGCAACUUCAAGCGAAUCUUUACAAUUAACUUCGAUAACUACAUCGUCGACGACCGUCUUCGCCAGUUCAUUUUGUCAAAUGACGAAAUUCUCGACGUAAUCCUCCAUAAAAUCAUCCCAUUCACAGAUACAAAGAAGAAAGAUGUCUGCCAGGCCAUGUUCGAAGAGUAUCUCAAGCGCAAAUUGAACGUAUCUGAGAGAAAUGUCACUCCUCUCAUUGAUUUCGUCAAAUUCAUCUCUACAACAGUUCCCUGUGAGUUCCUUGAGUUCAACCACCUCUCUUUCUCCACACAGAUCUCUCUUUUCCAGGCAGUUUCGGAAAGAUUAUCUCCAAAUGAGCUGAGUAACCACAAAAACCUCUACACGGAGUUCUACAUUCCAUUCCUAAAGACUCCAUCCCUUCUUCUCCUUCUUCCCCAAUCAAUGAGAGCUCCUUUCUACGUUACAUUAAUUGUUCCUUACUUAACAACUGAAACUCUCAAACUUACACCAGAGCAAACAUACCAAGUAUCAAUAAUCCUUGCAGAAGAUCCAUUCGCCGACCAGGAUCAUUCCGAAUUCUUUAAUUUCCUUGUCAAAAAUUCGGAUAUCUGCAUUCCAUUGAUGAGAAAGAACGACAAACUCAUGAAAGCAUGCUGGGGAUUCAUCUUACGAAGCGAGAAAGAGAUCAAAGCCCAAGUUGCUCGCGAUUUCGUUUUCCAGAUCUGUUUAAUUUUGUUGCAAAGAGAGUUACCACUUGAACCGAAGAUAUUUAACCUCGCAAGGGACAUGUACAGCAGAGAAGUCUUCUCCAGAAAGGUUUCCGAAUCAGAUAAGAUCCAAAUUAUCCAAAGAUUGGCCUCAACGUUCAAGAAACAGAUCGAACAGGACAUUUUGGAUCGUCUAGCCCUCAAAAACUAUCAAGAUGCAUCGACAUCUUUGAUUAUUAAAUUAUCUCCUGAUGAAUUUUUCGUUGACGCUGUUCAGUACUCUAUAACACGCGACAACAAAGGAUUCAUCAAUGUUCUUAUUGAUAUUUUCUCAAAGGAACUCGGUUGGAGACAAAUUUACAAUCACGUCGAUGUUUUGUUAGUUUUCCUUCAAGCAGCAUUAGAACUAAAUCCUGUAGCAACGAAGAACUCCAUUUUUACUCACGAGAAAUACGACGAUCUCAUGAUUAUCUUCAACAGAAUGAGCUCACAAAUUGCGCAGCAUGAUAUCUUGAGAUUGGCUUUCUUCCAGUAUUUCCUCGGUUUCGAUUCAAAAAUUGAGAAUUUCUUUGCUCAAGUCACUCAGCCAUUGCACAGGCCUAUGUUCUACGGAGAAUUCUCUGAUGCGAACAAGAACCAGUUGUUAUCUCAGAUCUUUGAGUCUUAUUUCGAUAGACCAACAGAGAAUUUGCAAGUUACAACGAUUUGGACUGUUUUCAUCAAUGUAAUGAACCAUAAUUUCAUUAAAUUGAAGAAUGUUCAAACAGUUCUUGACAAAAUCAGAGAGUUAAUGAUUGUUCCCGAACAAUCCGAUUUCGAUGCAAUGUUUGUUAGUUCUAAACGCGAAGAAUUGAUAAACGCAAUGUACAAGACAAGUAGAAGUGUUGGUCUUGAAAACUUCUUCAAUUUCAUUGCGAUUUUCAAGAGUUUAGAACCAGGACAAACAAAUUGUUACAAAGAUGUUGUCAGCGCAGUUUUGAUUAGAUACACUCCGGAAACUAAAUCAGAAACUCCUGCACAAAUCACUGAUUACGAGCGUGAGAAUCCAAGAUACAGAUUGUUCACUCCAGGAAAGAUUAAAUGGGUUUAUUGGGUACAAGGAUUGAUCACAUUAGUUUUGAUUUUCAUGUCCAUGUACGUGGCAUUUAGAAAUCAAGGAACAGCUCCAAUCAUUUUAGGUGUUUUGGGUUGUUUGAUUGUUCCUGUUUUGGCAUUCGCCCCUUUGUAUUUCGGUAAAUUACAUGAUGAACAAACAAAUUUGGGUUGGAUUAUUACUGAAUUUGUUUUGCUGGUUGUUUCUUUUGUUUUGAUUAUUGUCGAAUACGUCCUUGCAAAGGAUUUCGCCAAUAACGUUGCAUUGGUUAUCUUCUUGGCUGCUUUCUUGGGUAUAACGAUUUAUCUCUUAGUUGUGGAGAUAAUCCAGUACAAGAGAGAACAUCCGAAAUUGGAUGAUGAACAGAAAUUGAUUGGAAAUGAAGACCAGAAAGAUGAUUUGAAGGAAGACGAAGAACAGAAGAACCAGGAAGAAGAGGAUUCUGAUAUAGCUGUUGUAGAACCAGGAAAGAAAUCUGAUCAGAAACCUGAUAUAGAGAACCAGAAGGAAGAAAAGUCUCAACAAUCAACUAAGAGUGUCAAGAAAUAG